UUCCUUUAGACUGAAUGUAGCUGAUUACUGGGUGAAAUACGAAAAAUUAAUUCCAGUAUAUAGUUGAAGCGGACGCAAAGUAUUUCCCAUUUGUUUAACGCUAGUUUAAUUGAAGUGGACUAACGAGUGAAUUUAGUAGGUGUAUUUAUUAACCUAUUAUAAGUGAUCGUGAGAAACGAAGAUUGAAGGGACACGCUCUGGCGCAGCCCUGAGACGCACCACCUGCUUUCCUCCUGAUUUCGGUUCUUUUAAAGCCUGAAAGACAAACUGCUCCCAAAUGGCUUCCCUUGGCUCCCUCACCUCCACGCCCGAGGUCUUUCAUCUGGAGACCAAGUACAUCGUGCUCAGCUACCUGGGUCUGCCCUCGCCCAGCAUGCCAGGGGGGGCAUGCGCCUCUGAACUCCCAGCAGAGGCCCGGUCCGUCCCGGAGGACAGGGAGGAUGAGCGCUGCCGGAUCACGGAGGAGGUGCGAGAGGAGCUGCAGCGGAUGGAGGGCAGUGUCUCCACGUGGUUCAGCUCAACAGAUCCCCGGUGCUCUGUGGGGAAGAGCCUCGCCUCGCUGGGCUUGCACGUGGCCCAUGAGCUGCAGGAGCAUCUGGGUCGUGCCCUGCAAACCCUCCUCAGUGCACCCCUGGAUUAUGAGCUCUACAAAGCUGCUGUACAGGAUGUGUCCACUCACGCAGAAGGGGGCUGGACCAAGGUCCUAGUGCCCUUGGUUUUGCUGCACGCCCUCCAUGAGGAGAACCAGCCCUUGGAAACACUGGUCCCUUUGGGAGUGCACUACUUAGAAGAGGCUGAGGCUGAUUACAUCAUUCGGCAGGGUGGCUGGGGCUCUGUGAUCAAGGGGGACCCAUGUGACGCCAUCGCUGAAGACUGUGACGAUAUUUGCAUCCUGUCCAUGGAGCAGCAGCCCGACCGACCCAGCCCCCCCGCGUCACCCUCAGGCACUGAGCGAGGAGAGCCCUGCUCCUGGCAGACAGGCAGCCCCCCCAUUUCUCUGGUAGUCACUGAGUCCUGGUCCCAGGUGGACGUCAUGGACCCCGAGGACAUCAAGAGUCUGGAUGGCAAUGAAGGUGCGGUGCUGGCUGAGGAGCACAGCGAGAACAAUUCCUCUAACUCUGACAUCGUCCACGUGGAGAGGGAGGAGGCGGAGCUGCUGGAGUCUGGGGCUGAGGGAGAGGAAGAGGAGGCUGAAGAGGAAGAGGAGGAGGAAGGAGCAGGGGCUGAAACCGUGCUCCCAGAACUCCAGGAGAGUCUACUGAGUGUGCUGGGCGGUGAGAGUGAACUGAUGGAGCUGAAGGUGGAGCUUAGCAGCCCCGCCCCCUCAUUUGGCCACACCCCCUCAUUUGACCCCACCCCCUCAGUUGGCCACACCCCCACAGUUAAUCCCCCGCCUUUGCCCCUUGAGGCUACUGAGACCCAGGAGCCUUUGGCGUCUGAGCAGACCAACCCCAUCCCAGCAGAUGCCAUUCUUGUGUCCCACAUGGAGUCGUCCACGCCCGACGCUCCUGUGACAGCUGUCCCCACUGAGCCCCCACCCCCAGCUCAGGAUCUUCCCCCUCUUCUUAUGGAGGCAGACCUGGUGCCGGAACCAGAAUCUGAGCUGCCGGGGGAAAGCUUACAGCACCCAAUCCUGUCAGCAGAGGUCCAGCUGCAGCCUACAGCUACAGCACCCCCCAAAGCGUCUGCGCAGGAAUCCUGCAAAGCCCCCCCUGGGGAAUCCCCACUGCAGCUGAAGCCUGCAGCCACGACCCCCCCUAAAGCGUCUGCGCAAGAAUCCAUCAAAGCCCCCCCUGGGGAGGCCCCACUGCACCCACAGUCUGCAGCCACGACCCCCCCCAAAGCGUCUGCGCAAGAAUCCAUCAAAGCCCCCCCUGGGGAGGCCCCACUGCAGCGGAAGCCUGCAGCCACGACCCCCCCCAAAGCGUCUGUGCAGGAAUCCUGGAAAGCCCCCCCUGGGGAAUCCCCACUGCAGACACAAUCUGCAGCCACGACCCCCCCCAAAGCGUCUGCGCAGGAAUCCUGCAAAGCCCCCCCUGGGGAGGCUUCACUGCAGCCGAAGCCUGCAGCCACGACCCCCCGCAAAGCGUCUGCGCAGGCUGCACAGGAAUCCUGCAAAGUCCCCCCUGGGGAGGCCCCACUGCAGCCGCAGCCUGCAGCCACGACCCCCCCCAAAACGUCUGCGCAGGAAUCCUGCAAAGUCCCCCCUGGGGAGGCCCCACUAAACCUAGAGCCCCAGCCCCCAGAGUCGUCCUCUCCUUCUGAGCUGUCGGUGUUGCUGUACGGUGGCGCCGCCCUGGUGGCCAUUGCUGCUGUACUGGCAUAUGGAGCCUUUCUCUACAGGAGGAAGUAGCAGAGAUCCUUCUCCGCUGUUGCUCUGGUUAUCCAGGAUACUGCGGACACUGGGGGCCCUGGGCUGCUGGCACACUCGCACUCGCACACUCGCACUCGCACACUCGCACACGCACACUUUCGUCUUUGUUUUUUCCCCCCAUACAUCUGUCACGUGUUCUGCCCUGUCUGCUGCGGUGGCGUUUUGGGCUUUUUGCUCUCUGUUCUCAUCUGCUGCCCCAGCUCCAUUCUCAGCAGCUCGCGAAUUUUUCCCGUAAGGUCCCAGUUUGCUCCUGCACUGUGGAGAACCGCUCACCUUGUGCGAUGUUCAUGUUGCAUAGAGCCACCCUGGUAAAUCUCAGACAAAUAUUUACCAACAUAGGGGGGUAACCUGGUUUAGAUCAUGUGUAGUUGACUGGAACAUGUUAAAAAUACAAAUGCCAUACAGCUCAGAGUAACACACACACACACACACUCACUCUCACACACUCACUCACACACUCACUCACACACUCACUCGC